AUGUCAGGAUUACAACGUCGCAGAGGUGCAAGAAACGUUUCAACUGAACCAACAGAUUCUGAAAGAAAUUCAGUCGAACCAGAAACUAAUCAUAAAGUUGGUUACGAUCCACAUGAUAAUGCUUUGAAGAAUGAAGAAAGAAAUGAACCUACAUUGACUCUAAUGGAAGAAGUUAUACUUAUGGGUAUCAAAGAUAAAGAAGGUUAUUUAUCAUUUUGGAAUGAUAAUAUUUCAUAUGCAUUACGUGGUUGUAUCUUGUUAGAAUUAGCAUUCAGAGGUAAAAUUGCCAUUGUUAAUGAUCCUGCAAGAAGAAGAUUUGAAUUAUCUGAAAGAUUAAUACAAGUUAUUGAUGAUAAAAAAACUGGUGAAGUAUUAUUAGAUGAAACUUUAACACUUAUGAAAUCAGAUCCAAAUAAUUUAAGUAUUGCAAGUUGGAUAGAUUUAUUAAGUGGUGAAACAUGGAAUUUAAUGAAGAUUAAUUACCAAUUGAAACAAGUACGUGAAAGAUUAGCCAAAGGUUUAGUUGAUAAAGGUAUUUUAAGAACUGAACGUAAAAAUUUUCUUUUAUUUGAUAUGCCAACACAUCCAUUAGCUGAUUCUUCAUCAAAAGAUUCUAUAGUGAAGAGAAUUUUAUCGUUAUUAGCUGCAAGAAAUAUUCAAUUACCAAGUUCAAAUUUAUUCCCAGAAGAUAUUAAAUUUAGAUAUUUACGUUCAAUUUCAUUAGUUGCAGGUUCAUAUGCUGCAAAUGUUCUUGAAAAUGUCUUGGUAACAUUAGGUUAUGAUCAACGUGAUCGUGCAUUUGCAAGAGCUGAUGAAUUAUUAAAUCAAUUUUCACAAUUCCCAUUUGAACCACAAUCAAGUGCAUUAGGAUUAGGUAUUAACCUUGUUAGUGAAGUUAAUGAUGAAUUAGAAAGAAAUCCAGGUUUUGAAUUACAAUUAGAAGUUAUUGCUGGUGUUUUAUCAGUCUUCUCAAAAAUGGAUUCAAUUUUAUAG